AUGUCGCAUCAUCUUGUAGCCGGUGCCAUAUCGGCAGCCUUGCUGAGUAUCAACCCGGCUCCCGUAAUGGCUGCUAGUGAUGUUGUAACGGGUACUCAAGUCGAAGCUGCCAUUGUCCAAAUCAGCAAGGAUGCAUACCCCGUGCUUUCUUCCAUGCAAGAUGUGUCACCGUUGACGAGCAAACUGAUGGGCAUUGUCGACAAGAAAAUUCCUGCGGCCAAGGCAUCGGAAGCUCUCGACAAGGGCAUUGACAGCUUUCUUUCCAUUCCCGAUGAAAAAGUCUCUGCCUUUGCCACCGUGGUACAAUCCGCCUACACGGGAGUCUCGGGAGAUAGUUGCCAAUCGUUGGGUGGUUCGGCCGCCACGUCUCAACAAUUUGCGUCGUUGCCGGUCGUACAAGGACUGGAUGCUACCAAAGUAAAGGCGCUUCAGGACAAGUUUGCUCCCGCCAACAAGGCAGUACCUAGCAGUAGUGGCGGUGGGGAUAUUUGCUUGCCAGCAUCGAGUCAGGGAUUGGAACAAAUCUGGGUCGGUCAAACCGAGUUGACGCUCAACAUCCCCAAGGCCGAAUCCAAAGCCUUUGUCGCGAGUCUUUCCAAGGCCUUGUCGGUGGUUCCAACCCCCGAAUGGCUCAAAUUGUUGCCCGAUGCCAAAAAGAGCAUUGUCGGCAACGUGGAUGCCAAGAUGGCGACAAAGCUAGAGAAAUCUGGAAAGACCCUGGAAAAGGCAUUCCAAGCUGAUGAUAGAAUUCAAAAGAGAUUAAGCAGUAGCUAA